UAUUACAAAAUUUUUGAUGCAGUAAACGGUAGAAAAUUUACGGCGAUCGAUCUUAACGAGGCUGAAGUUAGUCUAACAUUGCGUAAUUGUCCGCAAGGGUGUACUGAAAUUCUAACCCAAUUUCUAAAAUGGGAUUACUGUUAAAACUCGGUUUUCUCGUGGUACUGAGCAUAAUACAGCGCUCAGCGGCACAGCAUGGAUGCCAGACUUUCCGGGAUCUCCAUUAUGGACCGGGUGUAAAUAGCUCCGUACUGACCAGCGAGAAUUUUGAUGAAGGCGGAAAUUAUUUUCCCUAUACGUGGUGCCGGUAUAUUAUCUCUGUGCCGGAAAACCGACGUAUCAGGAUUAAAUUCACGACGUUUGAAGUAGAGGGCACCGGGCAAUGCACAACAGCCGAUUAUCUCACCAUCUAUGAAUCCCCUAGCUACCCUGCCACUACGGAAGGACUCAUGGCUGAAGUACCGGUAUGCCGACCUGGCUACAAUGGCGUUUUCGGGCCACAAUGCGGUAACCUUACCGGCGAGGAUAUGACCUUCACAAGUCGAGGCAACCGAAUCCAUAUGGACUUCUGCACGGAUUACGGUGCCGAAUGGCGUGGUUGGAGAGCCGAACUGGAAUUCUUUGAUCGUGUGGUCCCUCCCCAGCCUGAACCCUGCAACACUGAAGUCAAUAUGGAGUCUCUGGGUAACCCUGGCAGGAUUCAAUCACCCGGGUUUCCCGGUCCUUAUGGACCCCAUCGACAAUGUACUUGGACCGUCAAAGUCGACCCGAAGUAUCCCUUGCUGAUCGACGCACAUUUCUUCGAUAUGGAUGCAGGAUGUUACGACAAACUGGUUAUCACGGAUACAACCAACAAUAUCAGUCACACAUUCUGUGGUGAUCGUCGGCUCAGUACGCUACGUUUUGAAGACACAUCGGAAGUCGUCUUCACGUUUACGUCCGAUGAUGUGGCGCACGGCAUGUUCGAUAUUGCUCUGGAGUUAGUGCCCUGCAAAGUCGGCUUCCAGCCCUGCGACAAUCCCAACCUCGGCUGUGUAUCCGUUGCUCAGCAGUGUGACGGUGUGCGACACUGCGCCGACGGCUCGGACGAGAAGCACGAGUACUGUGCACCGGACUGCGGGGUCUCGCAUUUCCCGAUGGAUACGGAGACGUCCAGGAUUGUGGGUGGGAUUGAAGCUAAUCGUCAUUCCGUUCCCUGGCAAGCAGCCAUGCUUUAUCAGAGCGGUUCGCAGUUCUGUGGUGGAACUGUCAUUUCCGAUCGAUGGAUCCUGACGGCCGCCCAUUGUUUUACCGGUGGACCGAGUUCCGCGCCACAAUAUAAAGCCCGUAUUGGUGGUCACGAUUUGGCUUUAUCUCCGGAAGAGGAUUUGGCCACUGAAGUGAAUUUCGAAACUGUCCUUUGCCAUCCUUACUACAAUCGCGUGGGAACCGAUUACGAUUACUGCUUGAUCAAGACUACAGAACGUAUAAAGUUCCGCAAGAACAUCGUGCCGGCAUGCUUGCCAAGACAGGGCGAGGAGAUUCCACAUGGAGAACCGUGUCUUACUUCUGGUUGGGGCAGCCAGGACCCAUGGCGAUCGCUUUUCGAUGAGAACCGGGCUGAAUUCACAGCGGAAUGGCCGGGCCGUACCGUGAAGUACGCGAAAGAGGGUGGAGACGGACUGCGACACGUCACCGUGCCGAUUGUCAACCGCACCACCUGCGACAUCGCAUACGGUGGAACCGGAAGGAUUAACGACCGCAUGAUCUGCGCCGGUCUGUUGGGCGUGGGCGGUAAGGACACUUGCCAGGGCGAUUCCGGCGGGCCCUUCAUGUGCAAAAACCGCUACAACAAGUACAUGGUGGCCGGUGUUGUCAGUUGGGGUCAAGGGUGCGCCCGCGAAACACAUCCUGGGGUCUAUGCCAAUACUGCUUUCGCUAUGAACUGGAUCUACGAUACAAUGACGAGCAACUAGACAGCGUCCAUAUACUCGCGAUCGGUUCCGCUUUUCGUAUUGUGUUUUCUGUGUUGCAGUCGAGUCGCUCUGUACUUUCUUUUGCCUAAUCUUGUUUAAUAAUUCACGAAGCUGCUCAGUUAUGUACCAAAACCUACGUAUUCGUUGUACCAAGACUACGUUUGAAGCGAUGGUCUUGGUUCGCACCAUAAUCAUUUUACCCAGGCAAAGCGGCAGUCAGAAGGGUUGCGAAUUCAGGUUAAAAACUGGUAGUCUCGGAGAAAAUAAUUCAAUUAAGAAAAGAACUUUUUUUUCAAAUUUAGUGACCAUAUGUCAGCGAGGGCAGGACCAUGUCGAAAUAACAAGCAUGGAAACCAUG